AUGAACACGAACCAGGGCGUGGUGGCGGUGGUGAAGCCGGCGCUGGCGAAGGGGACGUCGUCGGCGUCGUUCCGGCUCCGCAACGGGAGCCUGAACGCGGUGCGCCUCCGCCGCGUGUUCGACCGCAACGGGGACGGUGAGAUCACGGUGGACGAGCUGGCGCAGGCGCUGGACGCGCUGGGCCUGGACGCCGACCGCGCCGGCCUGGCCGCCACCGUCGGCGCCUACAUGCCCGACGGCACCGCGGGCCUCCGCUUCGAGGACUUGGACAAGCUCCACCGCGCGCCCGGGGACGCCUUCUUCGGCGCGCUCGUGGACCAGUAG